AUGGACUCACGGCCUGGGUCCAUGAAGAAGGGGGACAACAGAGUCUCCCCAAGGGAGAGCAGGGUCACUUUCCAAGAGGGGGCUCAGCCAUGCGAGGGGCUGAAGGAAGGCCCCAACUCCGCGGCCGAGGGCCAGAAGAGCAGCGUCAUCCCUGACAACAUUCGCCACAAGUUUGGGAGCGACGUGGUGGACCAGCUGGUCUCCGAGGAGCAGGCUCGAAAUGCCAUUGGCGAGGCCGUCGAGGGCCAGAAGAGGGCAAGCUCAUGGCCCAGCAGGCGCCAGAGUCCCGCGGAAAUCGCCUCCAUCUUCUCAGACUACUACGAUCUGGGCUAUAACAUGCGGUCAAACUUGUUUCAAGGGGCCUCCGAGGAGAUGAAGAGCCUCAUGAAGGCCUCCUACACCCCCGAUGUGAUUGAGAAAUCCGUGAGGGACAUUGAGCACUGGCAUGGCAGGAAGACGGACGACCUGGGUCGGUGGCACCGGAAAAACGCCAUGAACAUGAACUUGCAGAAAGCACUGGAGGAGAAAUACGGAGAAAAGAGCAAGGCCUCCAAGUACUAG